AUGGAGGAAACAAUUAAAGCUAUAUUGGGUUACAUCGAAAUGUACGUCGAAAAAUGGACUAAUGAUCGAUCAGGAUCAAUAAAGCAAAUAAUCAAAGAUAUGUUGGUUUACAUCGAAAUAUAUGUCGAAAAAUGGAUCAGUGAUCGAUCAGGAUCGAUAAGGGAAACAAUCAAAGAUAUAUUGGCUUAUAUCGAAAUAUACAUCGAAAAAUGGACCGAUGAUAGAUCAGGAUUCAUAAAACAAACAAUGGAAGCUAUAUUGCCUUACGUCGAAGCACACAUCGAAAAAUGGACCAAUGAUCGAUUAGGAUCGAUAAAGCAUACAAUUAAAGCUAUGCUGGCUUACAUCGAAAUAUACGUCGAAAAAUGGAUCAGUGAUCGAUCAGGAUUAAUAAAGCAAACAAUCAAAGAUAUAUUGGCUUACAUCGAAAUAUACGUCGAAAAAUGGAUCAAUGAUCGAUCAGGAUUCAUAAAGCAAACAAUUAAAGUCAUAUUGGCUUACAAGUGA